UGCUAGAAAAUAUUAAUAUUAAAGGAGCUUCUUCAAAAAUGCUAGAAAUAUUCGAAAUAAUGGAAAGUAUUGAUGAUUAUGAAAAAUCAGCUAUUCACCAUAAAGAAACAGUUUACUCGAGCCGAUAUAUCAACUAUGAUACUAAAAGUAUUGAAAAUCCAGAAUUUCGAUGGUUACAAGCGGAAUGGUAA